AAAGAAACUAUAUUUUCUGAAAAUUGAUAUAGCAACCAAGAUAUCAACUUAUAUCCUAUAUAAACACUUGCAUCUUUCGCCAAAUGUAUAACUUUCCGCUGGAUUCAGUACAUUACAUUAAAGGAAUCUUUAAGUAAAGUAAUGGAUGAAAUUGCAAAAAUAGAUAAAGCUGUAGCAAGCUUGUGCAAAGGCGAUGACAAAAAAAGUGAUGCUAUGAUGAUGAUGGCACCAGACAGCAAUUGGGACCAGUUCUUAACACCAGCUCCAUGUGCCAUUGCUUUGUUGGGAGAUUUAAUAUUAAUUUCAGCCGACACAGACUUUAGUCUUGACGAAAAACCACCCAGGGAUGGCUUCAAGCUACUCCGGUAUCCAAAUUCAUUCCGAGCAUCAUUAGUUCAAGUCAGCAAUGCUGGAUGGGGAGCAUUUAAUGAGGCACAUACCAGUAUGGAUCAAAUUCGUCUUCAUAGUGGUAACGUGGAUGGUCAUGUUAAAAAUGCCGUUAAAUUUCUUAUGCAAGGUUCACCGGAUGAAGUAAAUAGAAUGUUACCUAUGUCACUGUCUAAAAUACAGAACAUCGCUGACGAAAGCUUGGUACUUGCUAAAGCCAUUGAAGACCGAUUUAUUGGAGUUAUGGAAUUGACAGGAGAACUUCUUGAAGCAUCUACUAAUACGAAAGGGGUUUAUGAUGAAAAAACAAAAGAAACUGAAAUAGCAAUUGAAGUCGCAAGAACAGAAAGAGAGUCAAGAAUGAAAGAAAUAAAAAACACAGAAAAAAGACUGAGCAACAUGGACAAGGAGGUAAAAGAUGCACAAUCAGACUUUAAGGAGGCGAUUGAUAAAAUUCCAUCAGGAGGUGAUUUAAUUGGAAUAGCCGUUUGUGAAGCAGUGAUAGAAGGAGUACGUAAUAUUACUAGUUUUCCAAGCAAAAUUUCAGAGGGGAUAAAGAAGAAACUAGGAACAGCUGCUAGCAAUGAUGAAGUUGGUGAAAGAGAUGAUGCGUAUUUUGAUAACGAACUAUCAAGACACCGUGUCUUCUCUCAAGUAUCAACAAUCACCAGGUAUAUCUACCAGCUUGUGGAGAUUACAACAGGUAAAACUGAUGACAGUGGUCAGCAAUGUCCUGAUAUGGCAAGGAUAAACCAUGGUGAUUUAGGUCGCAUCCAGCAAUUCAUUGAAACAGCUAGAAAUCAUGUCACUAGUGAGGUGAAUAGUGGAGAACUUCGUGAAAGGGUAUUAAAAUUAUGUGAUAAUGCUGUUGACAUUUGCAGUACACUCCAACGUCUAGCUAAAAGUAUGGCAGAUUUAGAAAAUAGAAAUGCUGUUGUUUUGGAAGCUGUUAACAAAAGUAAAUGCCUUCAGAAUGAAUCUCAAAAACUCGAGGUAGAGGCACACAAAGCACUUGGAAGAAAUCCACUGGAUAACAAAUCACCUCAUUUAUCCAAAAUGCCUACACAGAGUGGAAGUUCUUCUGCAGUUACAGCAGCGACUGAGAAUGCUCGUUAUAAAACGGAGCUAGCGAAAGAAACCCUGCGAGAUGCAAAACGACGUCAGGAAAAAUCAGCUGAUGAAUUACAAGAGUCCAAUGAAAAACUGACAAAAGUUUUAAUGGACAUGGCAAAACUUGACCUAAAGAAGAUUGACUUUGACACUAUUCGUGAAACUUUAGUUAAUGGUAUUAAGGCAUUAGCUGAAGUAAGAGAGCAGUGGGGAAAACUUGUUCGUUUCUUUCAGAUGCUGUCCAAUCUAAUCAAAUGUUGUCUGCACUCUUCUCUGACGGAUUUGUAGACCAGGCAACAGUUGGUCGUGAAAUACAAAUGACGAGUAAUGCUGCACCAUUAUCUGAUAUAUUUAGGGAUGUCAUUUUUGAACAAGCAUCAAAAGCAAGCCAAGUUGCUUACGUAGUGCGUACAAUUGCUGGAACCUAUGUUCAAAUAUCUAAUGAACAUUUGAUGGAUCGAAUCACAUGCUUAGGACGUUUAGUAGCUCUGGAUCCCAAGAAAGAUGAACAUGAAAUAAGGAGGAAACGAGAGGAACUACAUAAUGGUUGUCAAGAAGCACAAAAAGCUAUACUCUCUAUUGUAAUGAAACAGAAAGCGGAAUUCAACGCAAAAGUGGAAGAAAGGAUCGCAAAACUUCAUGAAAUCGAAAAAACAAUGCCACCAAUUGAACCUGAAAGAAUUAAAGAAAUAAAAACGAAUGUGACAUCUGGUAUGGCAACAUUUACCGAUGAUGACAUUGAUGAUAUGAUUUGAUCAAAUAACUUUGAAUCAAUAAGAAUCUGACUGAUCGUUUUGGACAGAAAAUAUUGUCGAUUAUUAUAUAAUGAUGCUUCACAAUUUAACGCAUUUCCUAGUAGCAUUUCACCAGUGAGACACUUCCCAAAUUUUUAACUCUUUCAACAAAGUGUGGUAAUAUUUCAAAAUAUAUACCAAAUCAUAAUAUAUAUAAAAUCAUGUAUGGCAUUAAUGUGCGUUCGUUGUGAUAUGAAUGUUAUAAUUACCCCUGGACGUUUAACACUUGUUUAUAUUGUUAUAGGUUUCCUCUGAAUUCUUUGCAAUCAAACAAAUUUUCCAAUAAAGGGGCACUAGUAACGAGAUAUAAAAAAACAUCUAAAAUAUGAUUUUUUUGGUUCAAACAUUAAUGUAAGGGAAAUAGUCAAAUAAUAUUUCGCUUUUAGCAUCCAGAAUGGUUCAAUUUUGGCAAAAUAAGAAACAUUGAUGAUGAUUUUUUCACUUGCAUGUGAAAAAUUCGACCUCAUUGAAUCCGUAUGCAUGUGCACAUCAAUUUAGCCCCUUAGCUUGAGAUUGAUAACGCAUAAAUUGUCCGUGUUAAGUUAUUUAAAGGAAAAGAAUGUCAACAUUGAAAGUGAAACAAAGGUAAAUCAUUUGAUUGACUGAUUCGAUUCACAAAAAAAAUCAUUCUUGUAAAGGUAAAAUCAUUGAUUUUGAGCAUACAUUUUUAAUCUAUAAUAUGAAGUUACAUAGACCUGGAAAAUCAAAUUGCACGAGUUUCUUAAUCUAUUUAUAUCUAUAUUUAUGUUUCUAUCGAUUGAAUGGCCAUCGAAGGUGUUCUGAGGUCAACUUGAUAGUUAAUUAGAUGGCGUGUAAACUAAAAUACACACGAAAAUAAGCUACAUUUCAUCAAGCUCAUGGCCUGUACACUAUUUAUUUAAGACUUUCCAUAGUUUGGAUAAAUGUUUUAUAUUGUUAUAAAUCAAAUCUGAGAAUUUUAGUAAUUGGUAAACAUGAAUUUGACAGCUGGUGUCCCUUUAAAGAAAUUGCUGUAAAUGAAGUUAGAUUCUCUAUGGAAUACACAAAUUGUUGUUCCAACUGCUUGAUGAGAUAUAUCAUAGGUUUAGUGUAAAUGUAUCAGCACAUUGUUGAUAUAAAAAAAAAACAUUAGAAAAUAAAAGUGUGAUUAUA